CCCCUCCAGGCACUGAAGUUUUCGGACCAGGUUGAGCACAAAUCGAGGCCCGCACACCACAGCCGCAGCAGGUGCUGUGUGGUUCAGAGAUGUACCCCUGAGGACCCCCACCCAGUGAUUGCAGCUCACCCCAGCCCCACCCAGACCUGGCCCCGGAGGCUCAGAAAACUCGUUCUCCAGGCCAGCAGGAAGACCAAGAAGAAGGAAGGGGGGGCCCUGCGGGCCCAGAGGGCAUCAUCCAAUGUCUUCUCCAACUUUGAGCAGACCCAGAUCCAGGAGUUCAAGGAGGCGUUCACAUUAAUGGACCAGAACCGAGAUGGCUUCAUUGACAAGGAGGACCUGAAGGACACCUACGCCUCCCUGGGCAAAACCAAUGUCAAGGACGAGGAGCUGGACGCCAUGCUCAAGGAGGCCUCGGGGCCCAUCAACUUCACCAUGUUCCUGAACAUGUUCGGGGAGAAGCUGAGCGGCACGGAUGCCGAGGAGACCAUCCUCAACGCGUUCAAGAUGCUCGACUCCGACGGCAAAGGCAGCAUCAACAAGGACUACAUCAGGCGGCUGCUCAUGUCCCAGGCCGACAGGAUGACUGCUGAGGAGGUUGACCAGAUGUUCCAGUUCUCCACCAUCGAUGCUGCAGGCAACCUGGAUUACAAGGCACUGAGCUACGUGCUCACCCACGGGGAGGAGAAGGAGUGAGGGGCACCCC